GGGGGGAGAUUGAUGCCCUCAUCAUGGCCAUCCGUCUUGCUGCCCCGGGCCACCUUAUCAUUUACUCGGACUAUCAAGCUGUCAUUGACAUGUGGACAGCUGGCCCCAACGCGGACCGCUCCCAUGUCGCUUCCGCUGAGUUGUGGGAUGAGGUGUUUUUUCUGGCCACCGACUUCGGACCCGAGAACAUUGAGCUCCGUAAAAUCAAGGCCCACUUUUCCUGGCAGGCGUGCUCCCGAACCUCCAAGGCGCCGUUCUGGGCAUGGUCUGGCCACACGCUCGCUGACAAGCUUGCUCAGCAAGGUGUCAAGGCGCAGGUUUCGAAUCCUGAGCUUGUGCGCAGGCACAAAGAUAGCCGCGAUUCGGUCCGUCCCGUUUGCAAACUCAUUGGCGCCUUUGGUAAUCAUUUGUCUCAUUUCAAGUUUCCUGACGUCCAGCGGGUAAAGAAGCCCCGCCGCCCGACGUACAACGCCCUCCAGCUCGUCCCAGACCGUCAAG